AUGGUUUCAAGACUUUUUGGUAGCAAUCCAUUUGACGAGUCUGUUGAAAAGGCUACAUCAGAAACUAUUCAGAAAGGACAAGAAGAUUUGGCCUUAAAUCUUGAAAUUAGUGAUCAAAUUCGUAGUAAACAAGUUCAACCUAAAGAUGCCAUGAGAGCUCUUAAGCGUAAAAUAACACACACUAACCCUUACUUAACGGACACUUGUGUUAAAAAUGGCGGGCAUCAUUUUUUAAUUGAAGUUGCAUCUCGAGAGUUUGUUGAUAGUUUAUUGGGAAUUGUAAGAUCACCGGCUAGCACAUCUAAUAAUGAUGUUAAAGAAAAACUUCUUGGAUUAAUUCAAACAUGGGCUUUGGCUUUUGAAGGAAAACCUGAACUCGUGUAUGUAACUGAAACGUAUCGACUAUUGAAACAUGAAGUCGAUAAAUCCACAUCAAUUAUGAUGAUUGAUACUGCCACACCACCAGAAUGGUCUGACAGCGAUUUCUGUGUUAGAUGCAGAACUCCAUUUACUUUAUUAAACAGAAAACAUCAUUGUAGAAAUUGUGGUAAAACAUUCUGUGGUGAAUGUUCUUCUAAAUCAACUCCAUUGCCUAGCAUUGGUAUAAACGAACCAGUAAGAGUUUCUUCAACUUUACAUUCAAAUUCUGCAACAACAAAUGGAAAUGAUACUCAUACAUCUCAAGGAAGCGAUGAAGAGGAUGAGGACUUUAAAAAAGCGAUAGAACUUUCUCUUAAAGAAACUAAAAAUCAUAAAAAUAAUAUUCGAGGAGAGGAAGAAAUGGACGAUGAUUUGGCUGCAGCUAUUGCAGCAUCCCUUAAAGACUUAAAGAUCGAUCAACCCAAAUAUUCAACUCAAACACAAUAUGAUCAUCAAUCAUCAUCAUCUGCCUAUCCUUUUGAUGUGCCAAAGGAUCAAAACGAAUUAUCACAAAUUGAAGCAGAUAACAUUUAUAAAUUCUCAGAUUUACUUGAAAAAAUACAACAAAGUGGCUCAGAUUUGAUAAGAGAUCGACAAGUUCAAGAAUUAUAUGAUAGGAUUGGUGAAUUAAAGCCAAAGCUAACAAAGAACUUGACAGAAACAAUACAAAGGCAUCAGGAUCUCAUGGAAAUGCAUGAAAAAUUAUCUCAAGUUAUCAAAUUAUAUGAUCAACUUUUGGAGGAUAGGAUGUCUAACACAUAUUCACGUCGUGCCUCUAACUAUGCUGGUACACAAAGAAUUAUUUCACCAGUAUCAUCCAACGCAGGAAUAGUUUAUCAACAACCAUCAUCAUCUCUUUCUUCAGUUAAUUCGUAUCCUCAAAACCCGACAUAUCCUUUAGCUUCAGCACCUUCACCCUCCUCAGCCUAUAUCUUUGCACAGACACCUCUCACACAAUAUACGCAGCCUAAUGCAUUAGAAAUAGCUCCAGUUCUUAAUCAACAAUUAGAAUCACAACAAAUUCCGUAUGUCUCAAAUGCACAUCUUCCAAAUCAAACAUUCUUACCCAUUUCAACUAAUAUUAUCACCAAUGAUCAUGGUGUUAUUAAUGAUGAUUAUAAUGCAUCGUUAUCCCCCCAAUCAUCAGCAGCGAUCAAUGUUCAAAAUUUUUUACCGCAAAAUAAUGUUUCUUAUUUACCACAACCAAUUUUCGAACCUAAUUCUGGAUAUACUCAAAUACAAAACCCAGAUUACCAACAAAAUGAUUCUUCUCAUUUAAUCGUACAUCAACAACAAUCUCAAAAAUUUGAAGAAGCACCAUUAAUUGAACUUAAUUAA